UAACAAUUAUUAGCUGCAAAGUGAGAGCCGCUGACAACACAGCAUCUCCUUUGUUUUAUCAUUUCAUUUAAUUUCUCCCUCUUCUUCUUCUCUCUCUCUCUCUCUCUCUCUUAAUCACCAUCAUCCUCAUAAUCGUCAUCUUCAUUCAUUUUUAUCUCUUCUCUCUCUCUUUCAAUCCUUUACUUUCUCUUUCUCUUUUAUUCCGUCCAAAUUUUGCAGAGUGCAGCAACUGUAGUUGAUGAUGAUUAUGCCCUUCUGCUUCUCUUCUCUUUCUUCCUUAACUGCGGCCCUCCUCCUUUCUUUCUCUUUUCUACUAAUACUAGUUUAAUUUUCCCAUCAAUUAAAGAAAAAAAAAUUACUUAUAAAGAAAGGAGAUUAGAAAAGAAAAGAGAAGAAGGAAUAAAAAUCUAAAUCUGAAAGGGGCAGCACUAACUCGUAGGAAUACUCUUUCCGGCUUUCAAUCUUUCCUUUCCAGUUGUCUACUCUCUCUCUCUCUCUCUUAAUCCUUUUUUAUUAUAAUUAAUAUUAUUAUUGUUUUAAAAAAAUUCGUCAAUUGUAUUUAACAUCACCCCAUCUUUCACCAAACUUUCUCUUCUUACUGUUUUGUUUCUCUUAUCGUUUGAAUUAGGUCCAUUUCUUUCUUUCUUUUUUUUUUUUUUUCAGUAUACCCAUCACCGCCAAAAAGCAACAGCUCCCCCCUCUCGCAUCGCAACUUUGUUGGGGAGGGAGAGGAGGGCAAUACACACAACAAGACAUAAUUCAACUGAAUUGUCGAGUGUUAUCAUUGAUGAGAAGAAGAAGAAGAAAGAUCUUCAUGCACCAUUGAUUAACUUUUGCCAACCGGCUUGUUUAUCGACAUCACUGAAGGAAAACAACAUAAUUAAAAGGAGAUGCAGCAAGGAGGUGGUGGUGGAGGAGGAGGAGGAGGAGGGCAUCAAUCUCAAGACGAGGAGAUGGGUGCUCCAACAACGGGUGCAGUGAGCAGCAGCCACAUGGUAAGCGAGCAGUCGGAGCAGUUAGUGGAAGCGGCAUCGCCCAUAAGUAGUAGACCGCCUGCCACCGGGAAUUUGGACGAGUUCAUAAGGUUUGCAAGUGGUGGAGGAGAUGAGGGAGGAGACGAAGGGGACCGAGCAGGUGGCGGAGGAGGAGCAGCUGGAGUUUCGAGUGGCAAUAGGUGGCCCCGUCAAGAGACUCUUGCUCUUCUCAAGAUUAGGUCAGAUAUGGAUGCUGUUUUCCGUGAUGCCACCGUCAAGGGCCCUCUUUGGGAAGAUGUUUCCAGGAAGCUAGCGGAGCUGGGUUACAAAAGGAGUGCCAAAAAGUGCAAGGAAAAAUUCGAGAACGUCCACAAGUACUACAAGCGAACAAAAGAAGGCCGAGCUGGGCGUCAAGAUGGUAAGAGUUACAAGUUUUUCAGCCAGCUAGAGGCUCUCCAUACGACUUCUCCCACUGUUGCUGCCAACGUGUCAACACCCAUGAUAAUUGUCACUGCCACUACCGCCGCCAGCCUAGACGUGGCUCCCGUUUCGGUUGGGAUCCCUAUGCCCAUCUCUUCUGUCAGAAUUCCACCUACAGCCGCUAUCAGAAUGUCAUCCUCUGUGUUACCCAUGCCUCCCGCGCAAGUGCCACCUCCUAUCACCACCACAGCCGCUCCAUUUGGAAUCAGCUUCUCUUCUAAUAGCUCUUCCUCUUCUGAAGGCUUUGAAGACGAUGAUGACGGAGAAGAUGAAGUUGGAGGAGAACCGUCGAGCAUGGCUGGCACUAGUCGUAAACGUAAAAGGCAGUCGUCAAGAGGGGGUGGUAGUACCACCAGGAGGAUGAUGGAAUUCUUCGAGGUUCUAAUGAAACAGGUCAUGCAGAAACAAGAAGCCAUGCAGCAGAGGUUUUUAGAAGCCAUAGAGAGGAGAGAGCAAGAUAGGAUGAUAAGAGAAGAGGCUUGGAAAAGACAAGAGAUGGCUAGAUUAACUCACGAACAUGAACUAAUGGCUCAAGAACGUGCCAUUGCUGCUUCCAGGGAUGCUGCUAUUAUUUCUUUUUUGGAGAAGAUUACUGGUCAGACUAUAUGGUUACCCACAACUGUUACUAUCCCCGCUGCUCCGCCUCCACUGACACAACCGGCGGUGCCAGUUGUUCCACCAAUAGCUCCUAUUCCUGCGGCAACUCCACCAUCGCAUCAGCCACCGUCAUUACCACAACAACAACAGCGUAACUCGCAACCGCAGCAACUGCAACAGUCACAGUCGCACUAUCAACAUCGGCAGCAGCAGCAACAACAGCAACCUCAAAAUACUGAAGUUUUGAGGCAUCAUCAACAGCCUAUUUCUUCAGAAGUACUAAUAGCUAUCCCGGAACAACAGGUCCCACCACAGGAGAUUGGUGGGAGCGCGAGCUUGGAGCCUGCCUCUUCUAGAUGGCCUAAAGCUGAAGUUCUUGCACUGAUAAACCUGAGGAGUGGGCUUGAAACCACGUAUCAAGAGGCUGGGCCCAAGGGCCCUUUUUGGGAAGAAAUAUCCACUGGUAUGUUCAGGAUGGGCUACAGGAGAAGCGCCAAAAGAUGCAAGGAAAAAUGGGAGAACAUCAACAAAUACUUCAAGAAGGUGAAAGAAAGUAAUAAGAAACGUCCCGAGGAUGCCAAAACCUGCCCCUAUUUUCACCAACUCGAUUUCCUUUACCGUGAGAAAAUACUUGGAGGUGGGACUAGCGGUGGUUCCAGUAGCUUUGGUGACCGGAAUAGGCCUGAAGAAGAAACGUCACAACAGCAUCAAGAAACUAGUGACGCCCCACCAAUCAUGGCAGCGCCGCAAUUGACGCAGCCUACUGAUCAAUCUGAAGACAAAACCGGAGCUGAUGUGGUGACAAGCAAAGAACAUUUACCUGGGAGUCUCUUUGGAGAAGGAAAUGGUGGAGCUGCGAAGAAGCCAGAAGACAUUGUGAGGGAGCUGAUGGAAGAGCGGGGGAUGCACCGGCAACAACACCAUCAAGGACAAUCCUUGUUGGUGGAUGGCUAUGAUAGGAUUGAUGAACCUGAUAGUGAUAAUAUGGAUCAUGAUGAAGACGAAGACGAGGAUGAAGAUGGCGACGAAUUGGAAGAAGAGCGAAAGAUAGCUUAUAAGAUAGAAUUUCAAAGACAGAAUGCAAGCACUCCCAAUGGAGGAGGAAAUGGGGCACCCUCCUUUUUGGCCAUGGUUCAAUAACCUUGGCAGCUCCAUCACUAAAAAUGUACCAUAUGUACCUAUGUGUGCAGAAGCUCAACAAAACACCUAACAACUUAGUUCGAAAAACCUUCUAUCGUCAAAAGGCUUCCUCAUUUCUCCAUUUUGUAUCUUCUCCUAAUUCCAUUUCUUAGUCCUUGCCUUAGCCUUCCUUUCAACCUUCAAUAAUUCAGUAUCACCCUCUUCUUCACAAUCCUCGUUGUUUUCUUCUUUCUUCAUUCUUCUUCAAAAUAGCUUCGCUGACACAGAAAGUCGUCUGAGACAAAACAGACUCUUGGAUGGCAGACGUCCCACUUGCAUCUAUCAUCACUUGUUUGCAAUUUAUUGAUUUGUUGGUGAAUAAGGAAUUCCGUUUCAAAGGAAAUCGGGAAAGAGAGAUUGAAUUGUGACAGAAGAAAUAAGCUUGGGUUGUACUGUUGUGUACAAGAAAAAGGAGAAAAUUAAGAGGAAAGUUUCUUUAGAGAGAACUCCAAUGUUUAUGGACUUUUUAUUAAGACUUGUUUACAUUUACAAACUUAAAAAUGAAUUUAUAGACUAGA